UAUUCCAAAUAAAAACAAUAUUUAAAUAUAUCUGUUUUCGGAUUGUACAAAAACUUAAAAAAAAAGUGAAUUCAACUUAUAUACAAAUAUGAGCCGCAGAAAGAAAGUCAAGAUUGAAUAUAAGGAAAUGGAAGAAAAAUAUAAUAACAUUGAGGAGGAUAAUUUAGCAGAUAGUACAGAUAAACAUAAAAAUCAGCAGAACGAGAAAAAGCUUAAUAUUGGUGCAGGUACUUCGAAGGUAACCAAGAAGGAAUCCAAGAGGGAAGACAUAAAGAAAGAGGAUGAAAAGAAGAAAGAAGACCCAGAGUCAGAGUUAGACGAUCCCGUAAUAAAAGAUCUAUUCUCGGGCCUAGAAGGAGCAGCCUUCCAAAGCAGAAUGCCUUUUGACAAAAUGACAUCCACUGAAGCCGCUUGUUUCCCAGAUAUCGCCAAUGCUGCACUGCAAACUGUCAAAGUGUACCUAAACAUUAGAAACCGCAUAUUGCAGAUGUGGCUAGAAAAUCCCAAACAGCAAUUAAUUCUGGAGCAUGCAAUCGAUAAAAUGGAAGCACCGUAUAACAGCGACAUUCACCUCUUAAAACGAGUGCACGCAUUUUUAGAAAGAAACGGUUUUAUAAACUAUGGAAUCUUUAAGCGACUCAAACCUAUACCAGCCAAGAAAUACGGUAAAGUUAUAGUUAUAGGAGCAGGAAUCGCUGGUCUAGCAGCGGCCCAGCAACUACAACAGUUUGGGCUGGAAGUUAUCGUCCUAGAAGCCAGGGACAGAGUAGGUGGAAGGAUAGCAACGUUUAGAAAAGGAAACUACGUAGCAGAUCUAGGCGCUAUGGUAGUUACAGGCCUUGGAGGUAAUCCUGUAACGACCCUCAGUAAGCAAAUCGACAUGGAACUACACAGAAUCCGCCAGAAAUGCCCGUUGUAUCAGUCCACGGGUGUGACCGUGGACAAAGAUAAAGAUGAGAUGGUCGAACGUGAAUUUAACAGACUUUUGGAAGCAACUUCGUAUUUAUCGCACCAGCUAGACUUCAACUAUGCAGGAAACAAGCCUGUCAGCUUAGGCCAGGCUCUGGAAUGGGUGAUUAAAUUACAGGAAAAACACGUCAAAGAAAAGCAGAUCCAGCACUUGAAAUCCGUGAUAGCCCUGCAGGAGAAAUUGAAAACAAAUCAGAAAAUGCUCAUCAACGUAAAAGAACAGAUGCAAGAGAUCAAUGCCAAAGUAAAAGAGAUGGCAGUUAUCGAGAAACGUGACAUCCAAGAAGAAUUUGUGUAUCGCAGCGGUAUAAAAGAUUUGAAUACUCUGGCGAGCGAGUGGGACCAGCUGCAGGAGCAAGCGAAGGAGAUCGAGGGGAAAUUGCAGGAGUUAGAAAACUCUAGACCGAGUGAUGUGUAUUUAUCUUCGAAGGAUCGUCAAAUAUUGGACUGGCACUUUGCAAAUCUGGAAUUUGCUAAUGCUACACCAUUGUCUAACCUGUCUUUGAAACAUUGGGACCAGGAUGAUGACUUUGAGUUCACCGGAAAUCAUCUAACAGAGAAUGUGGAAAUAGCCAAAGAAGAAAAUGAGACCGAAGGAGCUGCCGACAACAAAACAACUCAUGGAGAAGCCGUGCAAUGUUUUGACAAAUGUAUAACGUGGGCCAAUGAUAAUGGCGAAAUGUCUCACAACAUAUUUCUUUUAAAGGAGAUGCAGAUUAGAGCCAGAAAAUUAGAAAGUAAAUCCCUUUCACAAAGAAAAAUAACGGAUUUUUUAAAAUAA